AUGAAUAGAAGAAAUGCUGAAGAGAACAAACUGAUAGGGAACGUAUCAAAUUGUUUUGAAAAUAACGAUAAUAAAGAAAAUUACCUAAAAGAAGUCGUAACUCCUCUAGGGGAUGUUUAUAUAUUAAAUGAAAGAACAAAUGAAAAAUUUAUUAAAGGAACGCAGAGGAGUGAUGGAACGUUUAGAAAAACCAUCCGUGUGAGAACAGAUUACAUGCCUCAAGAAGAGAAUUGUGUGUAUCAAGUUAAAGGAAAAAUAUUAGAAGAGCAAAAUAAGAGCAAGUAUGUAAGCUCCAGCACAAAUGGAUUUUUAAGUGGCAAUAGAAAUGACUUAUAUGCCUUUAAUGCUCUUACAGGAUCAAAUGGUUAUACGAAUAGUUCUCUGAAGAAUUUGGCUAAUAAAAGUACUGAGAGGAAAGUUCCAGGGUGGAACCCUGUUAAUGACAAGGAAAAUGAAAAGGCGAAGAAUUUAAAAAAGAAAAAGAAAAAAAAAAAAAAAAAAGGUGAUGAUGAAAAAGUUGAGAGUUAA